GGUACUGUUCGAUAAACAAACUGAAGGUGCUGCUCUCUCAACUAAUUAAAAACUCAGUAACUACCCCGCACAGAGGGGGACAGUCGCCUUGCUAUUUUGUUACUUCGCCAAAAGCACUAACUCAUAGUGGCUUUGCAGUUGUUGGACUACAAACUGUACGCACUCAAGGUGACGUCAUCUCCUGUCGCCUCCUCGUCUGACAACAUUCAAAAGUAUUGGCGUAUACUGACUGCUGUGUUCACUGCAAUGGCUCCUCUCAAAUUUGUCAUCAAGUGUGGGAACUUUGCUGUGCUGGUGGAUCUCCACGUUCUGCCCCUGGGCGGCCAAGAGGACGCCAGCUGGUUCACUACAGACCACAUCGAGGAGGUUACAGCUCUGGUUCGUGAUGCUGUCGACCAGAGGGUUAAGCAGUACACAGAGUCCCUCCACAAUAGAAAACAGCCCAAACAGAAGAAGGAGCUGGCAUCUGCUUCAGCAUUUUUUGUGAAAGGGAAGAACUUCAACCUGGUCGCCAAUUUUCUGAAGCGGCACUUAAACCUCAGAUGUAUUGUCAAGCAGCUCUAUGGUGAUUUGCGUGUGUUUCCUGAACGCUAUGUUGUGUGUGUGAGCUGCCCAGAGGAUGCCUCAGCUCACCAUGGAAACCCGAGUCUGGCCGCGACGGAAUUUGGCGAACAAAGCCGAUCGGAAUAUUUUUCCAGACUGGGAGAAACCCAAGAGCCUUUAAACUGCCCCACAAAAACAAAGAAGACUGUGCUUCAAAAGAUAGCCAAACAAGCUAGUGUCCAGCAAGAGCUCUGUGGUUAUGGUUCCAGUAUGGGGGAACAGCAGAUGGACCAGAGAGCCUGUCCCCAAAAGCAAAAAAGGGAACUUAAAGCUGGAGAGUCAGAGUUCAGCUCUGGAUGGAAGGCAGUCCCAGAGGGAGACCACACCGGGCCUUGCCCCGGUACUUUAAAUGAAGCCGUGGCUCAGAUUGGGACUACUCAAAAGCAGGGUCUGACCCAGGAGCAGCAGGCUGAUUACAGUCCUCCAGACAGCAUCAACCCAAAUGGGGCCUCAGCAGUUUUCUGCCAACAUGAAAUCAGUCAGGAGACAAGAAAGAGCAAGAGGUGCAAGUCGAGCGAUGCAGGGGAAGACCCUCGCCCACAGAGGGCCAAGAGGACGUGCCUUGGAAGACCUCCAGCCACAAUCCAAACUCAAUCCACCGAGUGCUCCACACAAACAUCCAGGCAUGACCUUCUUCCUCUGCCACCCCUUCCUCUAGUCAAAGCCAAGGCAGAGUCCAAGGCUUUCCCUGUCUCCGAGCGCAAGAAAACCACACUGGAAGUAGAGCUGCUUACUCCAGGGAAACGGGCCCAGAGGCUCCCCCUCACAAGCAAUAACACGGCACAGACAAACCAAAACAGCCUGGCCGCAAGUCUGAGGGGCCUAUCUGUCAAGCCUGCAUCCUCAGGCUCCUCUAUUAGUUCCAGAUCCACACUCAGAGAGGAGUGGAGUGAAAAUGUGCCCAGAACCUCUAGAUUACGACGACUGAAGAGGUCCUGAGGGGGAGAGACAAGCUAUAGUAAAGAUGCCUGUCGCCACAGAGAUAGAGCUGAUAUUGUGUCAGGCUACAUGUUUUCCCUCACAUGACAUGCAUAUGUACACGUGUCACAUUUUACUACAAUAUCUAUUCUUUCACAUACACACACACAUUCACAGAUCAAAUGCUGAACAUAUUAUGGCAAUUGAUACAUGAGCGUUUGAGUUACGCUUUGUCAAAUACUUGAAACAGCCUCCACCCAUAAGUAGUGGUGGUCAAGAGAGGCUCGCAAAUGAAAGUCAAAAACCUUUAAUUGGAGUUUAGAUUUGGUUUUGUGUUAAAGAUUGGGGAUUUCAGACAGGCAGGAGCCAUGCAGUACG